CUGGUGUCCAAGUGGGUUUUCCCGAGAAGCGUGCAGGGGCCGGGACGGCAGGGCACCGUGGGUGUCAGUGGGAGCGUUGGACCCUGCGCCGUCGUCCUCUGCUGUGGCUGCUUUCGGGUCUGGAGGCUUGGCUAUGGCUCAGACGGGGAUACUAAACCUCAAUAACGAGGUGGUGAAGUUGAGGAAAGAAGUGAAGAGGACUCGAGUGUUGGUUAUUCGCAGGCUUACCAGGCAUCUCGCCAAACUGAAGUCAAAAAAGGGUACCGAAGAUUUGUUAUCAAAAAAUCAAAGACGAACACAACGCCUACUUGAGGAAAUUCAUGCCAUGAAGGAUGUAAAGCCUGAUGAAGUAACUAAAUCUGCCCUUGACGAUGACAUCAACUUUGAAGAAAUCUGCAGAAAGCCAGAUUCUACGGCAACAGAAAGAGCAAUUGCUAGACUAGCUACGCAUCCGUUACUGAAGAAAAAAAUAGAUGCACUAAAAGCUGCUGUCAAAGCAUUUAAAGAUUCAAGACAGAUUAUUACUGAAGUUGAAUCAUUGAAGGAUUCUUCAGAAGAAAACUACAGUGAGAAGACAGGGGUAAAGCAGAGCUCUGCUGGCAAUUUGAAUAAAUUCAAGCACCAAGAAAAUACAGUAAUAAAGGAAGAAAAUGUUAAAACGUUACCAAAGAAGCCAAACACACUUGAAAAAAAAAUGAGUAAAAUGGAAGACAAGCAGAAAACAGGGAUUCCUCCACAUGUGGCAUUAAAACCUUCUCAGGAGCCUGCUUUGAUUGCUUUAGAAACCCAAAAUACAGAAAAGAGAAAUCUUGCCAUCACCACCAAGACAAAUAGAACAAAAAUUUCUACCAUCAUCACUAAUGAUGGCAGUGAUGUGGAAGAACAGAGUGAAGGAGAGAAGGAAUAUUUCGAUGAUAGCACAGAAGAAAGAUUUUAUAAACAGUCUUCACUCUCUGAAGAUAGUGAUAGUGAUGAUGAUUUCUUUAUUGGGAAAGUUAAGAGGACCAGAAGGAAGGAAAAUAGUUGCUAUUCUUCAGUUAAGGACCAAAAGACUUCCCAAAAAGUAUCACCCGAAAAAGAAAAGCUUGAGAGACUGGAAAGUAUGGAGAAAAUGAGGCCAGUUACAAAAGCCAGGAAGCUAGAAUCAACAUUUUUUUCUUCUUUAUCUGAAUCCAGAAGGACAAGAAGAAAUGCCAGAGAACAGCUUCCUAAAAACAGAAUUCCAGCUUUUCAACAAAAUGAACCUCAGAUCAAGAAUCACCUUGACAGGACUGUGUAUACAAGGCCUGAAAAUAAGAAGCAGCAGUUGCAGCAGCCCCUUCAUCCUUCUUGGGAAGCAAGCCGGAAAAGAAAAGAACAGAUGUCUAAAAUUGCAGUAUUUCAAGGGAAAAAAAUUACAUUUGAUGAGGACUAGUGGUUCUUGUUUUGGUGAAUUUUUGCAUUAGUUAAGAAGAUUCCCCUAUGUUUGUAUGAUUUAUUUUAGUUGAUUUUCUUUUUUGCCUCUUUUGAAUACUUUUAGAAAGGAAGAGUUUUUUUUUCUAUCUUGUUUUAAUUCCAGUAACUUUAUAAUUGAGUUUGUGUAUUUAUGGUGUACAUCUACAUUUUAAAAUAAUGAUUACUAUAAUAAUGCCUGUAAGAAAAUCAAAUACCGUGUUCUUGAAAAGUCUUCAUCACCUAACAUUUUGCUAUUUCAUGUUUAAAGAUAUUUUUGCAUUAUUCUUUUUAUCUCAGAUUAUGCUGGUUUUAUUUAUCGUGGACAGUGUUUCACCUGUUCAGCUGUCUCUUAAAAGCAAGUAUGGGGAUAGAUUGAAAAACAGUAUAAGGGGAAAAUUAACUCACUUUUAAGAGAAAAGCCAUAAAACAAUUUUUGGAAGUUAAUCCUGUUAUCAAAACUAAAAAUAUCAAAGUUGUCAUAUCCAUAUAAUUAAGGUCAAUAUAUUAUGCUUUGAGGAAGUUAAAAAUGCCAUCCAUAUUUUUAUUUUCUUUGGUUUUCUGUAGUGUUCAGGGCUGAACUCCAAACACUUUAGAUAAACAUUUUAAUCCAAACAAAAAAAUGUUUUCCUUAAUUUUUAAACUCACAAACAAUAAGUUUUUUUUUAACUCAGAAAUUCGUUGCAUAUAACUAAUGGGCCAUAUCCUCUUAGAAAAACAUUCACUGAGGGACAAUAUAAUAGGAGCUAAAUUUUGGGAUAGAUCAAAGUUGGACAAUUGCUUUCACUUUCAAGGUGACCAAGGACAGACUACUGAAAUUACUCACUAAGAAAGGUAAGACUACUGAAAAUGCUACGAGUUUUAUUAUUUAAUAGGAAACCCUAGCCCCAGAAAAUGCCUUAAGAUAUGUUUUUCUCCUCUCAACUGGGAGAAAUUAAAGAUUCUUGGUUAACUGAAUAACAAGCAUGAUCAAUUCCAUAUGUACUAAGAGUUUACACUGCACUUAUUACCCAAAAAAAGCCAUCUGGUGAGCAGGAAAUUCAUGAGCUCUGAAAAGUUAUUUCUACCUUCCAUUAUGAACUUAAGGACUUAAAAAUUAAGAACAUGGGGUCUAUAGAAGUGUUCCUGAAAAUGGAAGCUCUAAAUGAGCUACAUUUGUAGUUUUGUUACACUGAGAGAGGCCAAAAUAUGAGGUUGGAAAGACCAUCAAUGGUAGAGAACAAAGAUGUGGAGUACUUACUGCUUGUGUUGUCCUGUCCCUUCCUCUCUUUGGCCACCAUUCCCAAAUCUCCUCUACUUCACCUCUCCUUCCUCCCUCCAAAAGGUCACUUUUAUUUCAUGGACAAGUUUUAAGUGUUUGGGCUGAGAGAAACUAUUAGUUUGGAGUUUGGAAUGCAUGGGAUCUUGGGGAAAGGGGCAUUCGCUGUACUCCAGAAUAUGGUAGUGUUUAACAAAGAUUCUAUUCAGUUAAGCCUAAAGUUGCCACUCCUAUUUAUUUUGGUCUGUAGCAUUACUACUCUCUUCUGUUAGUUAAUGUGCCUGAAUUUAAUAUCAUGGAUAACACAGGCCUGGAAAACAGUCAUUUACAGUCAUUUCUUACAUCUACAAGUAUUAUUCGCAAUUAGAAGUGUCUAGCACCAAAUUUGUACAGAUCUGGCUGGAGUGGAUUUGGAUUUCAGUCAUAUUUCUUAUGUCUAUUCUCCAGUACAUUGAAUGAAACAAUGGAACUGCCUGUUUGGGUGGGCCUGUAUGAGGGUAGUUGUAAAAGUUCUAAAGAAUUCAGAGCGUGUUUAGGACCAUGGAUUGUGUAAUGCCUAAGUACCCUGUCACUGUACAUGGUAAUACUCUCUCCAUUUUGGAACAUGUGUUUCUCUUCUAGGAAAACUUGUUUUGAGAAAAAGCCGUCCUUCUGUAUGUUGUAUUCAGUACAAAAUAAAGUUUUGUUCUGUUGUUUUUCAACAAAGAUAGCCAAAGCACUGUGCAUGGACAAGAGCUGUUUGUUAUUAUUUCCAAACCCAACUAUACCCCUCCCCCAAAUAUUUAGUUUUUCCAAUUUUAACAAAUAAAGGGGAAUAGUUUCAUCUGUCUUUUAA